AUGGAAGACGCGAGGAACGCCACCCGGGAGUCGGCCUGCCAAGCCCGCCAGGCGCCCUUCUCCGGGACCCUGUUGCAAAGUCUCGAUCUCAAAGGGAGAUAUCUGUUUGCCACCUUAACCUUAAUGACUCUGGUCGCAUACCUGGUGUUUCUAGAGGAAGUCUUCUAUAUCUACAGGAAAAUCCCCCCCUCUAAAAGAUCCAUUUUCAUUUGGAUCAAUGCAUCGUCACCGGUGAUAGCUUUGACCUCGUGCUUGGGCAUGUGGAUUCCACGCGCCACCAUGUUCACGGACUUCGCCGCGGGAGCUUUUUUUGCCAUUGUGAUCCACAAGUUCCUGCUGAUGAUGAUUAAAGAAUGUGGCGGUCAGAAGAUGUUCCUCAGGCGAUUCCAACCCGGGCGAUUCAAGAUCAGCACAGGUCCCUGCUGCUGCUGCUGUUUCUGUCUCCCUCUUCCUCACAUCACCAGUGGAUCGCUGUUUUGGCUGAAGGUGGGAACGUUCCAGCUGGCUCUCCUGCAACCCGUGCUAGUCCUCCUGGCCAUCGUGCUCUGGACCAACGGGACCUACAGCCUCUCUGACUUGUCGCCCCGCGGGGCAGCGGUGUGGCUCGGCGGGCUCGGCGGCGUCCUCACCGUCGUCGCCCUGUGGCCCGUGGGAAUCCUCUUCCAUCACGUCCGAGGGCUCCUCGCCCACAAGAACAUCAGCCCCAAGUUCGCCCUCUUCCAGUUUUGCCUCCUUCUGAACCACCUCCAGUCAGCCGUCUUCAACGUCCUAGCUAUGGUCGGGACCAUCACCUGCUCGCCGCCUCUUUCCCCGUCAUCGAGAGGAGCACAAAUGAACCAGCAGCUCCUCAUUACGGAGAUGUUCCUCAUCACGCUGGCGUCGAGGGUCGUCUACAGGAAGCGCUACCGCGAUCUGGACCCCCCCGGCGAUCCGGACCCGGGCAGCCGGACCCCCGGCCCGACCGACCCGGCCGGGGGAGGUGGUUCUCCGCCCCUUUAGACGUCCACCCGCGGGACG